UUUUGCACAAACAAAGGCAGGACAGAGGUGUUAUGGGGCCGAGCAGAGACAACGUGACCCACUUUGUGGAUUCUCCAGAAGACGGUGAAGAGUCUGGAGUUCUGAGAGUGCGGGUAGAAGAGACUGUUUUCACCGUAGACAGGGCCGUCCUGUGGCAGAAUUGCGAGUAUUUUCGCGCUCUCUUCCGCUCUGGGAUGAGGGACAGCUGGCAGAAUGAGUUCCACAUACGAGGAGGUCUAAAAGCGAGGGGUUUUCUCAUGGCUAUGGCUAUUUCUAGAGGUGAGCGUCCUGCUAUCCAGGAUCCGGAUGAGAUUGUGGAAGCCGCCGAGUGUGCGGCCUUCCUUCAAGUGGACGUGUUAGUGCAGCACCUGAUAGAAAUCAUUGACACUGACAAUUGCAUUCUGUAUCAUACAGCCGGUGUGUACGGCUUGUGGAAGUUGUUUCACAGCGCUGCUGUGUUUAUCUGUGAUGCAUAUUCUGACCUGCAGGAUGCAGUUGAGGCGCUUCCAGUAGAGAUGAUUCGCCACGUUGAGUCUCUUUCGCCCGCAUCCUUCGUCGCUCUUGGAACUCAUUCCCCCUCUAUGAGGAUGCUUCAGGACUCCUACAGGACUGUUUUUUAUCUUGAUGAGAAACCGGGGGCUUGGAAGUACCUGACUGAUCUACCGAUAGAUGCCAGCACGUCUAUGGCUGGCGUGGCUGUUGUGGACAAUCGGUUGUAUAUAGUCGGAGGCGUUCGUGGAGUUAGCAAAGAGACCGUGGACUGCAGUUUCUGUUACGACACAGAAACAAACACUUGGAGUGAGUUUCAUGGUCCUCAGCAGUCCAGGUAUAACUUUACCCUGGUGGGCCACAGCGGACACCUGUAUGCCAUCGGAGGCGAGUACGAUAAAAGGAUCAUGUCCUCAGUAGAAGUCUGUGACGUUUCCACAGGCGCAUGGACGUCUUGCAAGCACGCGCCUCGUUCUGUGGCUGCGGCUGCCAGCGCCGUUGCUAGACGUAGAAUAUUUGUGUGCUUUUGGAAGCCUCCGGACACUACAGAUAUCUAUGAAUACACACCGGUUAAAAAUGAAUGGACGCUGACCACCACUAUGGUCAAACCGCAGAGUUACGGUCACUGCAUGGCUGCUCACGGUGACAAUUUGUACGUCAUGAGGAACGGCCCAUGUGAUGACUUCCUGCGCUGCCUCAUGGACUGCUACAAUACCACUACAGGCCAAUGGACGGCCAUGCCAGGACACUAUGUGAACAGCAGGGGAGCCCUCUUCACGGCUAUUGUGAGGGGGGACUCUGCCUUCACCGUUAACCGCAAUUUGACCCUGGAAUAUCACAUUUGCGGUGAUCAGUGGAAGCCACGGAGGCAGAUGACGGGAUUUCCAAAAAGUGGCUCACUUUGGACAUGUUUACUCAGACUGCCUAAAAGCAGAGAUAGACAGCAGGAUGAUGCUGAGGAGGUAAUGGAGAUGGAUGCUAAUGGCGAAAUAGUGGAAGAAAUUAUAGAUGCUAAGCAUCCACCUUAGUGCAAAGUAGGGGGGCGGUAGAACAAAAUGUUUCACGGUAUACGAGUAGUUUCAUUUCUCAAGGUAUAGUUAUAUAAAAACCUUAACCAUGUCCACACCAGAAAUAUCGCACUAAAAAUCAUUGAAUGUGCAAUUUAAAGGAGAGGAAAAUGAUUUUUUUAUGAUGCGUUUGAUUAUUGUUUAAAGUUUUAUUUUUUGCAGUUUUUUGCCUUUAUUUAGAAUGACAGGAGCAAGGUGGGAGAGAGAAGGGGGGCAGGAUCGGGAGAUAGUACAGAGGGGCAGAGGACAGGAAGCAAAGUGGGAGAGAAAAGGGGGGCGCUUUAUGUUUUUUUGCAUACUUUAGUUUCGGAAAUACUGUUCAUAAUGAUUUUCACUAUAAAGCAUGGAAGUUGAAUGGAGGGCGAGGGCUUGUUUCUUCAUCAAGCACACAUGUAAAGUCCUACUCAGCCUUACAUGAGUUAGCCACGCCAACUUAUUUACAUAUCGCCGU